AUGGGUAGAAGGAAACAAUCAGACGAAAUAGGAAAGCAUCCUGUACGUGGACCAGGAAGAAAAGCAAAAAAGCAAGGUGAACCAACAUUCUCUAAAGAUUUACUUCCAAAAGAUAAUGCUGACAAAAAAUCAUCGAGUCGUGCCAAAAAACGUGCUCGCAAACGCUUGCAAAAAGAAAAAAUUCUAGAAGAAAAAAGUCAGCAACAAAAAGAGAAGAAACAGAAACAAAAAGAAAAGAAAUUGGUUGAAACGAGACAUUCGGAUGGUGAAUCGAUUCAAGAUGAAGAAGACAUGAAUGGAUAUACAGAUGAAAAUCAACAAUGGCUGCAACCCAAAAAAAAUCUCAAAAAUUUGUUUGGAGAUGAUGACAAUCAAGAUGAGCAGGGACCAAAUAAUAAUGAAGGAUACAAUGAUGAAUUUGACCCUGAGGAUAUGGACGAUGAUAACGAUUCUGUAAGUGAUGAUGAUGAUGAUGAUAAAGAACAUCCAAAGCUUGCUAUUGAAAAACAAUCAACAAAAAUACGUGAAAAACAACGAAAAACAAAAGAAUUAUCUGAACAAGAAUUAUUAACAAAUAUUGAACAACAUGAAAAAGUACAAUUUCCAUCUGGACAAGAAGUGACAAAAGAUAGUGUGCCUCCAGCUGAUCUCCAAUUGUUAAUGCAUCGUAUAAGAGAAGUCAUUAAUGUGUUGAAUGAUUUCAGUAAAAAACGUGAACAGACUAGAACAAGAAAAGAUUAUCUCGAUUUACUCAGGCAAGAUUUAUGUAGUUAUUAUUCUUAUAAUGAUUUUUUAAUGUCAAAAUUAAUUGAGUUAUUUCCAUUAGCUGAAAUUAUUGAUUUUUUGGAAGCAAAUGAAGUACAACGUCCUGUAACUAUUAGAACAAAUACUCUCAAAACACGUAGACGUGAUCUGAUGCAAUCGCUAAUCAAUCGUGGUGUGAACGUUGAUCCAUUAGAUAAAUGGACAAAAAUUGGAUUGGUCAUUUAUAGUAGUCAAGUACCAAUCGGAGCAACACCAGAAUAUUUGAGCGGUCAUUAUAUGAUCCAGGGUGCAUCAAGUUUUCUACCAGUUAUGGCAUUAGCACCACAAGCAAGUGAACGAAUUUUGGAUAUGUGUGCAGCACCAGGUGGAAAAACGACUUAUAUUGGUUCGUUAAUGCAUAAUAGCGGUAUAUUAGUUGCAAACGAUGCAAAUAAAGAUCGAGCACGGGCUGUAAUAGCUAAUGUACAUCGUCUUGGUUUAACAAAUACGAUUGUAACGAAUUUAGAUGGAAGACACUUUUCAGAGCAUAUGGGCGGAUUUGACCGUUGUCUAGUCGAUGCGCCUUGCAGUGGUACAGGAGUUAUUUCAAAAGAUCAAGCUGUUAAAACUUCAAAGGAUGCAAAAGAUAUUCAACGAUGUUUUACCUCUCAACGACAAUUAUUAUUAAAUGCUAUUGAUGCUGUUAAUGCAAAUUCAACAACAGGUGGCUAUAUUGUAUAUUCGACAUGCUCUAUACUAAUAGAAGAAAAUGAAGCGGUCAUACAAUAUGCAUUAAAUAAUCGUCCGGUUAAAAUUGUUGAAACUGGUUUAGAAUUCGGUGUUGAAGGAUUUUCAAGUUUCAAGGGAACAAAAUAUCAUCCAUUAAUGAAACAUUGUCGACGAUAUUAUCCUCAUUUACAUAAUUUAGAUGGAUUUUUUGUUGCAAAAUUAAAAAAGUUGUCAAAUAAGGCAGCAACAAAAAAUGGUGGAAUUGUUUCCGAUGUAACUCAAGUUGAAAAUUCAAAACUUGAUUGA